CAACGACGAAUUCUCUAGUUACAUUCACCAUUCACCUGGCAUUGCACAUCUUAUAUAUAGGUCUAUCCAUUUAAUCUCAGUAUAACCCUUCCGUAUCUUCACAACAAACGGCAACGUAUGACUCAAAAACAAUCCUUUGCCGAUUUCCUCGCGUCCGGCAGUCCGUACGGUGGCAAAAAUCGCGGCCGUGGAAGUAGUAGCAGGGGUCGGGGUGGUGGCGGUCGAGGAGGAUUUUAUGGCAACGCCAGCAAGAAGGCUUACAAUGCCGACUACUCCAAUGUUCCUUUCGACUACGAUAGAAUCAAUAGCCAGCACUAUAAGAAACUUGAGCCCGCUUCUGUUGCACCGUAUGGUAACCGAGACAUAAAUCGCUUUCACAAUGGUCCCGAUAAGAACGUCUCAUCGUCAUCCUACCAUGUUCCUCGUCUUGCGCAUACACCGGGGACGGCAACUCCCAAUAAAAUACAUGGACUCGGUUUCCAGACCUCCAGUCAGCUAUCUCAAUCUGAUUCGGUUCAUCCAUCGGUUGAAAUGACAAAGAACAAGACGGCUAGUGAGAGCAGUCGUGGACUCAGUGGUUCCCGCUGGGGUGGAGGGCUGGCGCCUUUGUUCAUCAAAGCGGGGGAAUUGUUUAAAGACGGAGAGGUCGAUGUCAUUACCCAAGAAGAAGAUAAAGGCAUUGAUGUUGGACAUUACUAUAAACCGGAAGCUUCUGAAACUCGAAUGGCAGAUACCGAAAGCCAAGCAAACACCCAACUUUUACAAGCGGAAGAUGGUGACAACACGAGCGACGCUGUCAUCGAUGGUAAAAGCGAGCAGUUAAAGGUUGAUAGCCAAUCUGGUUCUUCUCUUCCACCUACUGCUGGUGACGACUCCAACAUCUUUCAAGUGGUUCAGUACACCGGAGAACUUUCUAUCGGCCCCAGCAUAGGCAACUCUCAUCAAGAUCCUGUUGAAGGGGGUUACUCGCGGAACGGAGGGAUCAUGGGGAUUCCAGUCCCUAAUGAACACCAGUUUACGGGAUCAAACACCUUUACGAAAACAUGUCCAGACAUUAUGUCUUCCUUCGAUCGUCAUGAACAUGUUGAUGGAUUGGUAUCAGAAGCCGACUUGCAACCGCAUCAGGAAGAUACGUUAUUCUUCAUCGAUACAAAUCCUGAUCCUGAUAGUACGCCGUCUCAGACCCCUCAGUACAAUACUGUUGCAGCUCCUCCUAUUGGUUCAUCUUCCCCUGAUUCCGACGAAGAGGAUAUUGUUUUUGUCCCUCGAGCUUACAAUCAGCAGAAAGCCAUUGGACCGCACGUUUCCUCACUCCAUCAACGCCACGGAAUGAGGUGUUUGGGUCAGGGUUCUUCGAAAUACCAGUCCUAUAUCGAGAUUGUCGAUGAUCUCAAUGCGCAACCCCUGUUGGACUCAACUCGCCAAAUUCAAAACUUUGUUGAAGAUGCCAAUCCUAAUCCUCAACCGCCCUCAGUGCCGGCGUCUUUACGUACUGAGGAGCUUCCCGAUUCGAUUUCCGGAUAUAUCAAUGCUCCUGCGGCCUCGUACACAGACGAAAAAAUGGUAAAACAUCAAAAGAAACGCGCGAACAAGAACGCCAAGCGUCUGGCCCGUCGAGCGGCCGCGCGUGGAGUUCCGAGAGACGACUCGGACAUUGAAUGGGGGUCUGACGGCCCACCUAAUCUCGCCGGGGGCGAGCAAGAUCAAAUGAGCGUUGAUGAUUUGAUUGGUGGCGGAAAGGGAAAAGAAAGUGAAGCUAUAUUAAGAGACUAUUUGGAGGGCGUAAAACUGUCUCAGAAGGCGGAUGAAGACGAGGAUAAAUACGAGGAUGAUGAUGAUAUGGCAGCCCUUUCCAAAUGGGCCAAUCGGAUCAAUGUUCUCGGGAAAGAAGUAGAUUCGGAUGAGGAUUCCGACGAGGAAUCCAGUCCUCCUUCGGUUCAGGCCAGCGCGAGCAAAAUAUACCACGGGCCUGAAGAUAGGAGAGACGAGCUCAGACAAGACGAGAAGGAUGAUGAUGAGCUUAGAGAGCUUGAAACGUUGCACAAUUUUGCCAAUCGAAUCAAUGCCCUUGAUGAAGGUCAAAACCUUAGUGAAGGUGAGGAAAUCACGUUAGUCCAGCCUCAGGCUCCAAAAAUCUCCCUUAAGCUUCAAGAGAAAAGACGCGAGCAACACGAAAAGCUUGAACACGGUGAUGGCGAUGUUAUGGACGAGGAGUUGAUGGAGUUGGAAGCCCUUCAAGAAUUUGCGGACCGUAUUAAUGGUCAAGGUAUUGAAAAUGAGUCCAGUGGCGAUGAUAUGGGCGAAAUUCAAAUGCAGAAAAUCCAAUCCCCCCCGAAAGCACGCGUCAAGCAAGUCAAGUUUUCUAGCUACAAUCAAGAAAUUACGCAUGCUCAGUGGGAAGCCGACGAAGAAAAAUUGGCUCUUGACAAGUGGGCACUCAGCAUCAAUACUUUUGGUGGAGAUGACUAUGGCGACGACGAUGACGACGAGAAUAUGGGGGUGUUAUUGCCGACACAGCAGGACAACAAGCUACAACCACGGUUCAUGGAAUGUUUUGAACCUGAUUCAGAACAGGACGAGGAAGACGCUGAGCUGGAUGCGCUGGACGCUUGGAUCAGUCGGGUGAAUUCACAUAGUCAAGGGCAAGAUUUGAGCGACGAUGAGCUUGACACAGCGUAUACUUCCAGCAAGCCAAAGCUGAAGAAGCCUGCACUCCCCAAGAUGAGACAAAGACAAAGUUCUCCGUCAUCUCAGCCCAGCCUAAAUCAGCAGUCUAAGCAUAUGUCCCCUGAAGAGCUUUCCCAGCCGACGGAGCUUGGGGAUAAUGAAGGUUGGCCUAUUUCGGAAGCGGAGGCAACUGAGGACAAUCCUUGGGCAUUCGAUCCCAAGGAAGCUGAAAAAGAUAAUCCUUGGGCAGCAAAAGACCCAAAGGAGGAGCAUAAUCUGCGGUCAGGCGAGGUAGUUUAUGAGGAGCAAAAUUUUACUCAGUCGACUUCUCUCCAUGCGGACAUAUCGUCAGAUUCACCUCCAGAACAGCCUGAUGUUGUUGUUUUUAGUACAAGUGAAGAACGUUUAGCCGAACAAAGGCGCGAGUCAGAAGGCGGAGACUGGUCGAAUGGAAAGAUCGCAAGCAAGGUGUUCAAUGAAGUAUACAGCGAGGAAGAAGAUCUAGAGGCAGAAGGUGACGACUCAUCUAGCUCAUCGACAGGCAAAUGGAAAAAAUAUGAAGCCAAGCAAGAGGAAGGCAUGUUCAACGGUGUCAAUCAUUGGAGUGACGAUGAUGAGAGCGAGGAUGAUAGUGAUGAAGGAAGAGAUGAGAUCAGCGGUGAAAAUGACGGCGACAGUGACAGUCAUUACGAAAGUGAAGAAGACGAGGAGGAUGACAUGGAAGUGGACGAUUACGAUCAAACGGAAUGGUUCAUCAACGCCAUGGAAGAUGCCCUUGGCGGUAAAGAAAUUAAUUUCAAUGAUCCCAGAGCCAAGAUGUUCAAUGCCAUCAAAGAGGAUUCUUAUGAAUUCAGUUCGGCCCCAGCAAAAAAGGGCAAGAAGAACAAGCAACUCAAGGGCAUUCCAAUGGAAUUGCAAGUUCAGUGGGAAAAGGAUCGUCAAACCAAGGCCGAGAAGAAGCGUCAACGUGAGCUUGCGCGCCAUGCGGAAGAGUUUGACUCCACCAUCAUCUCUGGGUCAUCUCGAAAUGGCAAAAACAAGCGUUACAGCAAGAAAGGCGGCCAAAGCAAGGAUUCCAAGCAAAUUUAUCAAGCUUCUGUUGCUCAUCUAAUUUCCGGUUCAGCUGCUGAUGUCGCCGACAUGUUCUCUGAAGAAGAGGGAUUAUCAGACAGUGAACAUGAGGAAUACUUUGGGCACAGCGAUCGUUAUGAGACGAUUGGCAAUGAUCCUUUCAACCUCUCUCUUAAACCUAAAAAUGCCCGUUUCUCGAUGGGCUUCAAGAAGAACAAGAAGCGAGGUUUGGAAAAGAAAACGGUAGCCGGUCCCGAAUGGAAGACGCUCGAUUGGGUAGAUGACCUCAUCCAAGCUUUCCUCAAAGAUAAGAAAAGCGAGUCUAUGAGCCUACCUGCCAUGGAUAAGGAAGGGAGAAAGAAGAUCCACAUGCUUGCGGAGUGUUAUGGUGUCGGCUCUACAUCACGCGGUUCUGGAAAAAAGAAAUCCAUCUCCUUGUACAAGACCAAACGCUCCGGGGUUGAUGUGAAAGAAGAAAAGCGUGAACGUCUUCUUACGGCCGCUCCUUUCUCUGGAUCCAUGUUCCACAAAACUCUCUAUACUAAAAGUAGCCAUGGAGGCGUCAAAAGCAAGGGCAGGGAUUGGGCAAGCGGUGCGACUGCCAAACCUAGGGAAGGAGAACUUGUAGGGUACGGGGCAGACAAGAUUGGGAUAGAUAAUGUAGGCCACAAAUUGUUGAGUAAGAUGGGCUGGGCAGAAGGAAACAAGAUUGGGAUAGGGAGUGGCAGUGGCAUAGAUGCUCCAAUCGUCGCUGUAGUCAAGAACACUAAGAGUGGGUUGGGAGCCUAGUGUUAAAACGUAGCUCAAAGUUGUUUGAUGUAUGAUGUCAGUGUUGGAAUAGACUUUCUCACUCGCUUGUUAAUGAAAUGCCCUCGCGAU